GUCACUGUUGUCUAACUUGAGUCAUUGCCAACAGUACUUAGGUGUAACUUUGCGCCGUGCUUUUUAAUAAGCUGUCAAGGAUGACAGACUGUUGUAACGUUAUAGUGCUGAGUUGAGCUAAUAUGGCUAACGGUAAUUUCCAUCACAUGCAGUAAGCUAACGUUAGCAGCCAAGGCCGACCGUAAACUUUAUCUCAACGCCACCGUUAUGUAAACGCUGUCUUUCUGUACUACGACCUGGUUUUCAGACUCAUUUGUCUCGGAUGCGCCUAUUGUUCGAUUAGCUCAUCGUUAAGUUACUUUGUCAGUGUUGUCAUGAGUCAACCUAUUUAUUACUGAGUCAAUCAGCUGAUCUGUAGCAGCUAAGGUUAAAGUUGGCGCUAACUUAGCUCCUAGUUAAUGAUUUUAUGGUACAAUUAGUUAACCCACGUUGGCUAAUCUUCAGCACAUUUAUGUAUUCUGCUUGAACUAGUAUGGAUGUUGAUGACUGCAAUGGCCGGUCUUACAUAUCAGCUAGUGGAGACUCUUCAAUGGAAAGAGAGUUUUCUGGGGCCCUUGGAGGUCCAACAGUGAGCACUCCAAACAGCAAGGAGACCUCUCCUACUCGCUCGCUCAGUGCCAACUCCAUUAAAGUGGAGUUGUACAGUGAUGAAGACCCAGGUCGUAGUACUGAAGAUGAAAGAGGGGAGCGAGUAGAGGAAGGAGGUCCAGAGCAGGGAUCAGAGGCUAUCGGAGGCUUCAGGGAGCUCACCAAUCCUGAAACCAUGCCAACUGGAGCCACCAGGCUGCCAAAUGGAAAGCUCAAGUGUGACGUCUGUGGAAUGAUCUGCAUUGGGCCUAAUGUUCUCAUGGUGCACAAACGCAGCCAUACAGGUGAGAGACCAUUCCAGUGUAAUCAGUGUGGCGCCUCCUUCACUCAAAAGGGUAACCUGCUCCGUCACAUCAAGUUGCACUCAGGGGAAAAGCCCUUUAAAUGUCCCUUCUGCAGCUAUGCUUGUCGAAGACGAGAUGCACUUACUGGCCACCUUCGCACUCAUGCAGUGUCCUCUCCAACUGUAGGGAAGCCGUAUAAGUGCAGUUAUUGUGGCCGUAGUUACAAACAGCAGAGUACCCUGGAGGAGCACCGUGAGCGUUGCCACAGCUACUUGCAGAGUCUGGAGUCACAGCAGCCAUCCAGUGCACAGACUCCAGGAGAGGAGAUGAGAGAGCUAGAGUUUAUACCAGACUCUCUACUGCAACCCUCCUCAGACAAGAUGGCAUUUAUCGAUCGGCUCGCCAACAGCAUCACCAAACGCAAGAGAUCCACACCACAAAAAUUUGUAGGACAGAAGCACAUACGCCUCAACCUUGGAGAUGCACCUUAUGAGUUCAGUGCUGGUUUGGAUAGAGAUGGGGAGAUGCACACAGGGGACCUUGAAGCCCCGCACUUUACUGGUCUGGGAGGAGAGUACACAGGCAUAGCAGGUAAUGGAGCAGGGGUAUCAGACACACUGAGACCUCUACACCUUCCCACCACUCACCCUUCAUGUCUGUCGGAACUCAGGCCGAUCCACAGCUCCUCUCACACCCCCAUUGCUCUAGGCCCGAGGCUGGAUUGUACAGGGACAGGAACUGGGCUGGGAGCUGUGGGUGUAGGGGGAAGGGAGGCAGCAGAGGGUCAUGAAGACCUGCCUGUCGGUCGAAGUCAUGUGCCCUCACCUAGCAAUGGUUGCCAGGACUCUACAGACACAGAGAGCAUGCCGGACGAGCCAUGCAACAGUACUGCUCAGACUCCAAGCCUGCACAGUAACAAUGGCCAUCAUCUUGUCCACUCCAACAACCAUAACCCAGUGCCUCCUCCCAUUGCACAUCACAGGAGCCGGGACAGACACAGCCCCAGCCACGCCAAAGAAAGGGAGGUGGAAAGAGAGGAUGGAGGCCACUCAGCCCCCCCUCCUCCUGCCCUCGCUCCAACUCCCAGCUCACCUACCGCACCCUCCUCCACUUCGAGGGAGGCUUUUAGGGUUGUAGACGGGGAGGGGCGGGCUGUGCGUUCUUUCCGUUGCGAGCACUGCCGUGUACUUUUCCUGGACCAUGUCAUGUUUACCAUCCACAUGGGCUGCCAUGGUUUUCGCCAGCCUUUUGAGUGUAACAUCUGUGGCCACCGAAGUCAGGACCGCUAUGAAUUUUCUUCACACAUUGUCCGCGGAGAGCACAUCCUUGACUGAGGGUAAAGCGUGGACAACCUGCUACACCUAUAGCUAUUUUUACACUGAGACAAGGACCUGGAUGGGUUUGGUCUGCAUACAAGCUAAAGGGGACACUGAUGAUGUUAACCUGACACAAAUAUUUCAAAGAGGCAUUGGUACAGUACGUAUAAUCGUAAUCCUUAUUAUUUUUAAUGCACUUGGAACAACAAAUCUAUUUAAAAUGCACUUUGAAUUAAAUGUAUUCUAAAAUAGAUGAAGAGCCAAAUCACUUUUUCAUCCACAGAUGUGCCUUGCUCCAAAAUUCAGGAUUCAAACCUGAUGCACAAAUUAUAGUAGACCAUUCUGACUUUAGUCCAUAGCAUAAAAACUUGCCCCUCUCGUGCACUUUAACAGAAAUAAUGUAAAAAAUAAAAAAAAUUAAUGUGAAGAAUGAAGAAGGCUCGCUUCCAAUGGAAUCUGUAGAGUUUUUAAUGCCUUGUUGUAAUGUUUUUCAUGAUUCCCUAACAAAUGUUACAUUUUGCAAAGCUUUUACCAUCUUUGGGUUGACUGUGUACAAUUGAUUGUUUCUUAAAAUGCGAAGUGCAGACCAAACUCAAAAACCAGGUCCAAGUUGAAUAGUUGUGUUUGAGGAGUUGUCCGUGAAUUAGAAAUGCACUUUCGUUUUUAAUGGGGGUUUGGUUGACAGAUCUGAGUGUAUGUGUGAGAGAGAGUGAAAACAUGAGAGACCCUGUGUUUUUUGGAAGUAAAUUGAAUAAGUAAGUGAAAAAUGAAGGCCUUUAUUUGUGUGAAUGCUGAGUGGGACUAUGUAUGAAAUGUUUGUUUUUCUUUUCUAUGACUGCUUUUGUUGCACUGAUACCUGCCAGAAUACUAUGAUUAUAUUAAACUAUUUUGUAGAAUA